CGGAUUCCAGCGUUUGUUUACCGCAAACACACCCUCCUGACCCUAAAGCCUUCGACACCGCUCCGAUAGAAUACACGGCAAGGUAUCAGUUGUGAUUGUAAGCUCUGAUGUUAUCAGAGGCAGUGGUUAGAGAUGAUGAACCGAGGGAAGCUGGCAACCAAGAAGACUUUACUUCAACCACAGGAGGUCUUGGCGUCGCAUCUUCGCUUGCCUGCGCCAGGGUGGAGAGUAGCCUGCAUUUAUUCGGUGGGGUGUUCGUCGGCAAGGCUGCCGAGGCGUACUGGACGGCGAUCUUGCAGCUGCGAAGGGGCGAUGGCUCCUGCUUCGAGGAUAGCCAGACCGGCGCCGCGAGAGGAGACGCGCGGCGGGCCGACGGCGCAAUUCGCGGGCUGAAACGGAAACGAGCGGGAGCGAUGGCAUCAAGCGAUGCCACCCCGCGUGCCCCGGAGGGGCAGGCGGCGGCUCAAGCAAAGGCUGCAGGGCAGGGCUGUACGACCUUCGUAUCAGAGUGCAGUUUGCCCACCGAGAAGGGGAACUUCCGGUUGCGAGCCUAUCGGUACGCGGACGGGGUGAAGACGCAUGAACCUGUUGUCAUGGUUGCGGGGAACGUGCGAGGCCGAGAAAACGUACCUGUGCGAGUCCACGACCAGUGCCAGACAUCAGAGGUGCUCGGGUCGAAACGAUGCGACUGUCGCGAGCAGCUAGACAUGUCGCUGCGGUACAUCCAGGAGCACGGGGGUGGCGUUGUGAUCUACCUCGCGCAGGAGGGCCGCGGAAUUGGGCUUGCGAACAAGGUCGCUGCGUACGCGCUCCAGGAUGAUGGGCUGGACACUGUAGAAGCAAAUCGACAGCUCGGCUUUGAAGACGACGAACGCUCGUACGAGUGCGUCGAAUUCAUCCUUGGAGACAUGGACAUAAAAAGUGUUCAACUCAUCACCAACAACCCUUUCAAGAUCGGUUGGCUGAGGGCCAUGGGGGUCAAGGUGGAGGGGCGCAUUCCCAUCGAGGUGCCCGCCAAUGAGCACAACCACGGUUACCUCGAAGCGAAGGCUAGCCGCAUGAGCCACCUCAUUAAUAGUUUAUAGGAAGGGUUUCUCUCGUGGCUACGCCUCCUUUGGAGGCAGUACGCACCGAUUGGUGACCGGUGUUGUUCGUAGGUGUGGUUAUAGAGCGUUGAGAGGACAACGUUGCGGUAAUAGGGUUGUACUUUGCGGGCAAGGUAGGGAGGGUGCAAAUUACAGUGUGUAACUCGAACGUUCUUCAUGACCCAUGCGGAGGAAGUUUGGAUGUCAGUGUGAUCGAGGUCGACGGUGGCGGGAAAUGUGCAGAUAGUACCAUAUUUGUUGCGUGUGGAUUCUCCCGUCAGUUUGCCCCAUGUAGUUGAGGAGCGAUAGGAGCACCAUACCGUUUUCCGUGCCACGGGGUGCUAGUAUUUUUCAGGCCAUGUGUUGAGGAAGAGACAACUGUGAGAGUGUUGCUGAGGAUGACGCCAAGUGUUGGAGUCGGUGGUGUGGUUGGUGUCCAACGAUAAUACACAGCAUAGACUUUAAUGAACCGGCGUCAGACUUUUUGUAUCGACUACAGAGGACAAAAGGCGUACGAAUGGAUGGCCUUCUUUGCCCAAGAAAGUCUUGAAUAACCCCGAACAAAGCUGCGAAUGCUUGACUGUAGGUUAAGGAGGCUUGCAAGAUGCGGGGACAAGCCUUGGGAGACAAGUGUAACGCCGCAGUCGUUCAACGUCUUAACUCCGUGACAGCAGCGAUGCCGGGCUCAUGAUCGACUUGCUACUCUUUCAAGCGACUCGUACUCUGUUUCGCUGAUGGUGCGGUGCCCCCCGAAGCAACUGGGAAAGCCAUUUCCUCCCAAUAUUUGGUUGCCGCUAUUUUGUACGUGCAGAAAUGCCGACCAAAACGCGAGCUUGCCAUUCGCUACCCACCGCUUUGCAAUGGCUAGCAUUAUCGUCGCCAUCACGUUCAUCGGCAUGCAAACAACGACAGCGGAACACCUACGGAGCGGCGGUACACAGCUGUUUAGAGGAAUGCCGUACAUUCGCCAAACUAUUAAUAGUAAACCAGAAUAGAACGUUGUGUUACGAACGAGUAGAGCGAACUCAACGCAAAAUUUAGUUCACG